AGUGAGCUCCACUGAAUUCCGUGAGGCUUGCUUUUGAGUAAAAGUAGGCGUUGUCUGCAUGUCACAAACCAGACUCGAUGUGUCUGUAGUAGACUCUGUCUCUGCCUCCUGCCUCGGGGAGGGAGAGCGCGCGCUCCUCCCGCCUCCGGGGGCUCCCUGCCUUCUGGGACGGUAGCAAGCCCACCUUGCUUGCAGUUGGCAGGUUCCGCGCCCGCGCAGGCAGACAACAAGCAGGGAAGCAACAGAGCGCCCUUCCCGGGAGGGAAACCAGCGCAGAGGUAGCGCGUCCUUGGAGCCCGAGCUCAGCGCGUGGGUGGCUAACCCGAGAGGCGGGAGAAGCAGCCUUAGUGCUGCUGAUAGUCGCCUUCUCAACUGAGAAGGGACGCUGCCUGCUUGCCUGCCUGACAACUAACCGGAGAGACGUUUCUUCUCCCUCACACCCCGUGGUUCACAAGCAGCAGCAGCAGCAGCCGCCACUGCGGGUCUACAGUUGAAUUCCUGCGCAGGGAGUUCCGCGCUGGAAAAGGCAGCUCUCCGCCAGGCGUCCCUCAGCUGCUGGCUCCUCAAGCAGAAUGCUCUUUGGUCUUCAUUUUCCUUCAGAUCCACAGCCUAACCAACGAUCCUUCAACGGUGGGAUUUUAUCCUGACAAUGUGAAAGCAACUUUAAUGGUUCACAGUUGCAGGCCAAUGGAAUAAACACCUGGAGACCUCUGAGCCAAAUCUGCUCUACUGUCCCCAUGAGGGAUGACAUCUGGUUUCUAGUUACCAACCGAGAGGCAACAUUUCCAACAGCUGUAAUCUUUAGCUCAAAAUCAGAGAAGAUGGAAGAAGUCAUAGAGCUUUCACCUGAUGGAAACUCUCUGAUAAAAGCUGUCUAUCACAGCAGACUUCGCCUCACAAGACUGUUGUUGGAAGGCGGGGCCUAUAUUAAUGAAAGCAAUGACUGUGGUGAAACCCCUUUAAUGGUUGCUUGUAAGACAAAACAUGUGGACCAUCAGAGUGUUAGCAAAGUGAAAAUGGUGAAAUACCUUCUGGAGAAUAAGGCAGACCCAAACAUACAGGAUAAAACUGGGAAGACUGCCUUGAUGCAUGCAUGCUUGCAGAAGGCUGGCCCUGAAGUGGUUUCUUUACUGCUUAAAAGUGGAGCAGACAUAAGUCUGCAAGACCAUUCUGGUAAUUCAGUUCUUGUUUACUCAGUGAAUUCAGAUGAUAAGGAAACCCUCAAAAUUCUUCUAGAUGCUUGCAAAGCAAAAGGGAAAGAAGUCAUAAUUAUUACAAAAGACAGAUCUCCAUCAGGAAGACAACGAACAAAGCAGUACUUAAAUGUGCCCCCGCCUGACACUGAUGAAUCUCAGUCUGCAAGUUCUUGCACUUCUCCAUCAGAUGUGGAAAUUAAAACAUCUCCCUCUCCACAUUCAAAUUCAAAGGAGACAGAAAAGGGUCUCUUUAACUUUAAAGAGCCUAAUCCUGGAAGAAAGGAAGAUGCCCCUGAACCACAUUCUCCUUCAAGAAAAUCCAGCUUGACACACACAGGACCUCAAACGCAGCACUUAUAUUCUGAACCUUGGAUGAAGCCCUCCUCUUCACUUUUUGAUCAGAAUCAAAUCUCCCCUUUACAAGAAGAGCUUCAGGAUAUAACUCCAGAGGAAGAAUUGUGUCUUAAAAUCAAUAGCCUAGCCCUAUCCAAGAGAUUUAUCACUAGGCACCACAGCAUUGAUAUAAAGGACACUCUUAAUUUCUUGAAAAACUUUGAGCAAACUGCCUCAAGAAAAAUGUCAUGUGAUGAAAUAAAUUCUCAUUCAUUCUUUGGUGAGACAAACAACAAUCGGAAUGAAGCUCCUACAGAUCAGAGUGAAAUUUCUGCAGAACAGAAUCCAGAUUCAGCCCAAAUGACCUUUGUUUCUACACUGAAAAGCAUUGUCCAAAGGAGAAACUUGGGAGCAAAUCACUACAGUUCUGAUUCGCAGUUAACAACUAGCUUAGGCCCUCUCACAGAAGACAGCAAAUAUUUUCUAGGGAAGAAAAAGCUUCUCUCCCCAUCGCCAUCAUUGUCAUCAAGUUCCAGAGAACUGAUAGAAAGCAUGCCUCCCAAUUUCUUGAGUAGGAGAAAUCAUGCCAUUUUAGAGAGGCGAGGUUCAGAUCAUACUGCCCUGGCUAGACCUGGUUUUCUUCCCCCUUUAAAUGUGAACCCUCAUCCCCCAGUCCCCGAUAUCUGUAAGAUUAAUACAAUGGUUUCUUGUGGACAAAAAACCCUAAUCCCAACAGCACCCAUUUACCCUAAGGACUUCAAAAGUAAGACACUCUUGACAAGGAGACAAUCAUUACAAACUGAGCAGAUCAAACAGCUGGUGAAUUUUUAGGUAUUACUGGGAAACAAUUGCAUACAACAUGUACAAUCUAACAAUUACUAUUUUGAAAUGUGAGAGUUGACUGCACAAGGAUCUUAGUAACAAUAGUACAGCAGUAUCUUUUUUCCAAUUCUUUAUUGAGCAUUGGCCUUGAGAGUCACCCGGGAAAAAAAAGUUCUGGUUAGUUGCAGAUGAAGUAUGCUGCAAAAUAUGACUAUCUUCAUCAUAGAGUCUGUAAUAAAAAUGAGAAAAUAUGCAUAUGAUUCUUCAUUGUCUGCACAGAGAAUACAAACCAGAUUUUUCUGAUGACAGUUCAGUACUAGGCCCAGGUUGCAAUCCAAUACAGACUUACCUGGGAGUAAGUCCCAAUGAACCCAAGGAGCUUACUUCUGAGUAGACAUGUAUCGGAUUGCAGCCCCAAUCUCUUAUAACAAGUUUACUGGUGUCUUAUGUCCAGUGUGUUAUUAUUUUUGAACAGUUAUUACAGAACUAAAUUCUAUAGUGUGCAAUAGAGAAUUGGACUAUACAGUGGGAACAACCAGGUACAUAGUGGCAAUGUGUUUAAGCCCAUUGGUUUCAGUAGGCUCAGUCAUGCCUAAUUCUGUGCUUGUUUAUGGCUAGUGUCUUCGGUGUAACUUUUCUUUAAGGGUUACAAGCAUCUAAAGAGAGGUGAAUGAACUGAGGAAAAAAUUAUAUAGCUUUAGCAACAACUGGGGGGAAAGGCAGGGGACUUAGGAACAAUAGAAAAUACAACAUUUUAUUAAAGAGUUGUAAUUACAUCCAGCUGAUAACAGAUGGAAGAGCUGGCUUAAAAUCCAACAGACCUUUUCAAUGUCACAAAAUGAAUGUUCUCCUACUUAGUUUUUUGGAAGCUUUUGAUAUUUGUCUAUUUUGAAUAUUUAUUUAAUACAUUUAAAAAACACAACCAUGGAAGUGAUGAAAAUAGACCAGGGCCAUUUUGCUGCAUUAAACAGGUUUCAAGUUUUUUUGCUUUUGUUUUUUAAUGUUGUAAGCUCUUUCUUUUCCUCUGGACACAUUCUUGAAUAGAUAAAGAUCUGAUGGCUUGUGGGGAUCUUUUAUUUUAAAUACUUCAACAUAGUCUUAUGGUAAAAAAUCACCAUGAGGGGAAAAGAGGGGAGGAAGAAAGCUCUAGGUGCAUAAAACAAUUUAUUAGGCUCAAUGUGUUUCAAUUAAAAUGUUUGUUGGGGCACUGUAAUCAGAAACAGUGUUCUCAAAGUGUUUUUGAGAACACAGAGAAUUUUUGUUUUACAGUAUCCCAACACAGAUUGUAAUCAAAGCAUAUUGUGCUUGUUACACUUAUCAUUUUGGGCACUUACAGGUCUCCCCUCCUCUUGGUCCUGUAUUUGUUCAUUCCUUCAACUUCUCCCUUAAAGCCUCACAAUGAAACAUACAGGCAUUGGGGGCGGAAGAGAGAAAAGAAACAAGGGCAUGAGACAGAGAGGAAAAUAAGCCCCCCCCCCCGCUACUGUCCUCUACCUGCUCUGAAUUAGCUAGUUGUUUUUCAACAAUGACACCUAUUUGUAUGGAGGUAAUUUUCAUGUGACUUUGCUACAACUGUAUGUGUGUAAAAAUGGCAUAAUUGGGUGUUAUCAUGGAGUGCCUGACUUAGAAUUUCUGUGAAGUGUAUGGUGGAAGGGACUAUGCACUCUGGGAUUAUGAAAAGGCAGCUGCCACCAAAAUGUCAGCUAGGGUAGAGACAGGCCAGAAGGUAAGAGGAAAAAAGGUGAGUGAGCAUCUGUAUUGCUAGGAUUGUGAGAGAGAUUCCUCCCAUGAUCCAUGAACUGGGGGAGAGAGGGGUAGAAAUUGCUAGCCAAAAUUGCUAGUAGUUAUUAUAAUUAAAGUGAGAUAUAUGUAUAAUAAACUCACUUUUUUCUUCUCUCCAUUUUGACUGCAGUUACCCAUGCCCCACUCCAGUUCUAGUUGUGUGUAGCGUCUGGUGCCUCUAAAUGGGAAUGUUGUUCUGUCACCCCCUUGGGUUUGCCCGGGGGAGUAGAGAUGUUGUUUUAUAAUGAGGUCAGAUAAGCAAUAAAGUUUGACACCAGCUGUGCUAAGUAAUGUGGCUUUAUGCAGCAAAUAGAAUUUUCUUCAGUAUUACAGAUGAGAUCCUUCAUUGCAUAAGAUACUUUACCAAUCUCAGCUAUGAAGGAAGCCUCCUUCCCCAUAUUACAGGGAAGGGAGCUUUCUGUGAGUCAGUUCAGCAGGCCUC